AUGCCAGAGGUUGGGCUCGAUCGCGGGUUUCUACACCGCUGUUGUGUGCAGGUCUCAUCCGCCCUCACAGAUGAAACCGCCGUCUCCGCCGAGACACAACACACUCUGCGUUUUGUUCGCGAUCACGCUCGAGAGUACCCGGGCGAAAUUACACGGGCGCUGGUUUGGCGUAUUGUAGACACUGACGAUGAGGAGGUGGAAGACCGUUUAGGUGCAUGGUGUGUACUCAACGCCGUACUAGCGGAGUGUGCAGAUCAUAAACAAGCCUUGUCGUGCACCGCCGUUGCGGAGAAGAUCAAUCUUUUCCUUCCAUACCUUGUCUCUUACCGCUGGUAUUCUACCCGUACGGCGUCUUUAUCAACAAGCACAAAUCAGGGAAAGUCAACUUCUGCACUGCUAAGCGAAUAUGGCAAAGUGGUGCCUGCGUCUGUACUCACAGGCGAUGACUCCCGUUUGGCAGAUAUACACAAAGAACGUGAAAUUAUGUCCAAAUACCGUGGCUUCCUUGUUACGUGGAAGGCAGUUUGGCGACAUGAUGUCUAUCAACAUCUUAAGGAGGUGGUGCGUCAAACGGAACGUGAGGGAAAUAGUCUCCCAUCAAAGGAGAGACCGUAUCUUGAAAUUCCUGCAACGUUUCGUGAUAGUUUGCGACGAUUACGCCGCAAAAACCCUCGUCCGUCUAUAGCUUAUCAUGUUCUUCUCAGCUAUGGAUGGGUACCUCCUACAACGGAAGGAGCUGUAGAUACCAAUAAUACCACUACUACUACUACUACUACUAAUAAUAAUAAUAAUAAAAAUAAUAUUAAUAAUAAUAAAACUAUUACUACUACUACUACUACAAACGGCUAUAAUGAAGGUAAAUUCAGUAGUAACAACGAUUACGCCAAACGUUGUGCUGUAGUACCUACAAGUGUAGCAGAAAUUGAUGAACUUGAUCCUGCAGCUCACCCCCGUGUACGACAGUGGCUAAAAAAAUUGGUGGAAGAGAAAGGUGGUUGCCGUUUAUGUGAUGUAUGGCAACACACUGAAUUACGUUGUCCAUGUGAAUUGCCGUUUCUUAAAACUCCAAUAGCAGAAAGUGAUGGUCACCAUAACUUUUUUCGACGCCGACGAUUUAUAGAGCGAACAUCCAUCACAUAUGUGGAAGCAGUGGAGAAGUUAUUCCGUUAUGGUAUUCGACUUCCACUUGCCGUUGAUAAGGCGUUAGAUCGCGUUGUCUCACUUAUUAAAGAAGACUCUCCCUAUGAGGAGUUUCUUGAGGCAUUUGAUACGGUGCGUGGUGCUGUUACUGGUCCACUUGAACGACAUGCAUUGUGGUUACAUGCAAGUUACAUGUUAAUGCCCUCACGAACGGUGUUUGAUAAACCAAGUGAUGAUGCCCUCAGCCCUGCUAUGGAAAAGGCAGAAAAACACUUUAAAGUUCAUCGACGUUUUCGUGAAUGGGAUCAAUUACUUCAAAGCGUAGAAGUAUUGGACUGUCAAUACCGCCGUGCUGAAAUGCCACAAUCUGUACGCCGCAACAUUGAGGAAGUACGUGAAACGAAAUCCUUCUUUUUCUGUUUGAUUGAUGGAUCCAUGACGGCGGAGUAUUCCCCACCGGCGUAUGCACGUGUUCCUGAAGAAGUUCAACAAUUACGACCCGUGAAGGAUGUGUUGUGUGGUGUCUGUUUGGAGCCCUUUCACACAGCCGCCCGCUGUACAAAAGGAAAAGAACCAUGGGAUCUCGCCGUUGCCCGCGUUGUGUUAGAUGAACACCGUCUACUUGGUAUGAAAUACCCAGAGGAACGUCAUUUAUUGGAUAAAGCCCUGCGCAGUAUUGAUGAGGAUGAUCGAAAGGCUAAAGAAUUCCGUAAGAAGGAAUUAUCUCUCGCCGUGAAACUUGUACAUGAGGGACGUGUACCUUAUUGUAAAUCCUGUGGUAUUAUGGGACACAGUAUACGCCGUUGUGAGGAAACAGCACGUCGUACACUUCACCGACAUCACAUUAAGGAAGUGGAUAUGCGACUCAAUCCACAUCUUGUGCAGCGUAAGAUUAAACAAUUACGAGAAGAACAUGAUGAACGGGAGGAACGGUUUCUCACAGAUGCAUGGGAGUUACUGGGAAGAGGACAUACAUACCCAGAGAGUUUUCUCACCAGUAUUAAUGAACUGGAAGACGCGCAUAUUCCGUUAGCAGCAGCGCGCUACAGUACAGAUGCCGUACAAGGAUUUCUUCUCUUUAUUAAAUCCAGUGAUCUUCUUCAGCAUUUGCAGCCACUUCGUGAUGAACGAUUUCCCGAAGUGUGUCUUUUCUGUGACUCCUAUCAUCAUAGUUCAGAUCUGUGUGAACGUGCUAAUGAUGAGGAACGUGGAUUCCUUACAGAACUUCGACGGUAUGGUCUAACCCUAUGGCACUACCUACGCUCACCUGAGCGGUAUGAUGAGCGAUUUCCAACGGACUACACAAAAGGUCGAGAAACAGUUGUUGGACUUGCACGGCAAUUUGAGCAAGAUUACAGUCCUGGCGGUGUGGCCCGUGGACGGUUUCUUGAGAACAAUGGCCUUGAUGGAGAGGGAGCCGCAAGUACAUCCGCAGCUGGGACUAGUGGAACUAUGGGUAUGGGUAUUGGUGGUAGUGGUAGUAGUAUGGUCUCGCGGGGAUGUUCACAACACUCUUUUUAUGGGGCCUCUUCGUAUGGAAUGUCAUUUUCGCAACUCGUCCUUCGCCCUGUAGAGACGCGAGAAGAGGGAGACACUGCAGUUGACAUGAAUCGCUAUCCCAAUCACAACCAUGAUAACAAUAGUAGAAGCAAUAGUAACAGUAAUGGGAAUGAUACACAUGCUGUCGAGUUUGCAGAAACAGGAGAUUACAUUCUUGGUGGCGGUGAUGAUACAGUGAUACGUGAGGUUGCAGGCGGGCAUGGCGGUAAACGCGGUCGUGAGAAUGACACCGACUCGCAAACAGAAUCCAACCAUAAUAAGAACAGCCACAGUAAUAGCAAUAGUAACAGAGGUGGCAGUAAUAACUCCGAACGUGGGCAACAUGAAGAGGAAAAUGGAGAUGGGGGGUUCAAUGAGAACCUGCAAGAGGGAAUACACGGGGAUCAACAACAUCAUCAUCAUCCACUGAAGACGGAAGAUGAUACAACAGAGUAUGUGGCGCAACGGCCUCGUGUGGAACUGCACGCAACAGAAGAAGCGUAA